AUGUCACAGCAAUCCACAAAAAAUGGAGAUCCAUUACUUAAAGACUGGCAAUUCUGUGAUUACAGAGAACACAGCUCAGUACUAUGUGAAAAUGAGUUGACAACAAUUUCAGAAAUUCAUGCUGGAGCACGUCUACAUUUGAAUGAUGAUUCCGAAUUCAAGAAUCAUCAUCUAAAACUGAAAUGUGCUAUUCAUCAUGUGAAUACAAAUUCUGCUACUUGUGGUAAAAAAGAGUGGAUAUUGAAUGUGAAGGUGCAUGUGUCAAUGUUCGGUAAGGUAAACAUUAUCAUAAAUACACAAUCUGCUCCAUAUUGUGACUCUUUUCUUGGGUUAGACCAAUCAAAAAAUAAUAAUCCAAAUGAAGUUCAACAGGCUAAAAGGUGGAAACUAAAAUCACUUUCUCUGAAUGAUUAUCAAAAUGAACGAAACAAACCUGCACGUGAUAAAGACUUUUUAUUCUUUUUACAACUGCCCAAACUACAAUUUCGAACUUCCGAUGGACUCUGGGAUCGUGGAUGGGCCCAACGGAAAGAAUACUUUAGGCCAUUUGCUGGUAGAGCAUAUGUUUAUGCUAUUGUAGGCCCAUUUAAUAUCAAUACUGCAACUUACACAGAGCUCAUGACAAUUGAUGAUAUUGGUGUACCAGAAAAGGUAUUGGAAAGAUUAAAAUUUCUAGAGGUGACAGAUUAA